GUCAGGGAAAGCUGCUCGCGGAUGAGGUUUACUAUUGGGCGCUGGAGCUGGACGCCAAUUCCUCUGCAGUGCUGGCGAGCCUCUGGGAGUCCGUGCCCGACUAUCAGGAGGCAAAGACGUCUGGCCUCGUCAUGAAGGACGAGUAUCAUGUGACGCUGCUUUUCAUCGGCGGGGCCUCCGACGAGGAACUUGCUGCAAGGAAUCCGAAGCUCGCUGGUACAGACAUCCACGCGCUGCGCGAGGAGUUCCACCGGCGACAGGGUGAGCGCCUUCCCGUCACGACAGGAGAGUUUGUGUGGGAGGAGGGCCGGAUCGGCGCCGCGCCGGUAGACCUGGGCAGUUUCUAUUCGAAGUGCGCGAACGUCCACCCGCACAUGACCCUAGGCAUGGCGGCGGGUGUGGGAGCGGAGAAGAGCAAUGAGCUGUUGGCGCGCCUGGAUGCCAGCCGUGAUUUCAACGCAGGGCUGGGGCAAUGGCUCUUCCAACUCCACGUUUCAAAGUACGGGGCAAAGAUUGCUCGCUAUUGCAAGGCAGAGGGCAUCGAGUCUCCGGAAGAGUUAUCGCAGCGCGCCCUGGAGGUGGCCGUCGCCGUAGAGCCGGAUGCUGCGGCAGCCGAGGAGCUGGCUGCAGUGCUGGGCAAUGCUACCAACGGCGCCUUGCACGAGCACAAGCUGGACACGGGCUUUGAGAAGCCAAUCUGGGCCAUGUCUGCCACGGAUGCCGGGGUCCGCCUCUUCGAGAUGAUACGCCUGGCCAAGGAGCGUUCAGACCAGCGGCGGGAGCUCAGCGAUGCGACCGAGGAAGUACGCGAGCAGGCACGGGCGCUGGAGGAGCUCCUGGCCCUGGAGCAGAUCUCCAUGGCCCGGGCAGAGUACGUGGAAGCGAUUUGA